UCAGGAGAAGCAGGUGCACUAAACACACUCAUACACACACACACACACUUUCAUACACACACACUUUCAUACACACACACACACUCUCAUACACACGCACACACACUCAUUCAUUUAUUCACUCACAGAGCGGGACUCGAGCUGCGCACCCACCGCGAUUAUCCCGCACUAAUCCGAGCGUCUGUACCGAGGAUUUAUUUAUAAACCCAGAAUAAUCAUCCCGCCAUCACCGAACCCACCGCACCGGAACCGAGACCAGGAGGAUGAGAGGACGGAUGAGGAUGAUGAGAAUGGAAGCGAUCAGAGAGGCGAUUUUCAUCUUCAUCUUCAUCACAACCGCACUUUUACCACCAACAGCGGCUUUUCCUACACCUGCUGUCACCCCGGCAGAUCAUCCAGAACAUGAGAAGCAGCUGACGGAGGAGAGACCCAUACAGCAACAGAUCCAGAUUGCAGAAGCAGACAGUGUUAAAGCAGAGCUGAACCCCACACAGCUGUCGUACCCCGGCCCGGAUAACGACGACAUCAUGCUGUUAAAGUCUCUGGCCGAGAAAUCCAGAGAGUCCGACAAUAAAACACCAAAAUCAGAACCGACAGACGAGCGCUUCACACACGACGAGUCCGACUCCACCAAGAGCCGGAGACUAGCGAACGACUACGACUCCACCAAGAACCGCGUCGACGCCAAAUACCAGGGUGACCCCGAGAGUUUACAUCAGCUGGACGGGACUCCACUCACGGCCGAGGACAUCGUCCAGAAGAUCGCCAAGAAAAUCUAUGAGGAGGACGAUCGGGGGGUCUUCGACAGGAUCGUCUCCAAACUUCUUAAACUUGGUCUGAUUACUGAGAGUCAGGCUGAUACUCUGGAAGUCGAGGUUGCUGAAGCUCUGCAGGAUCUGAUCACAAAAAACGCCAAGAACAACGAGAUCCAGGAUCUGAACAUCGACGCUGAGGAUGAGGUGGAAAAUCCCAGUCGUAGGUUUAACGAUGACGCUGAUGACGUAGAGGAGGAGGACGGUGAUGGUGGUGAUGGUGGUGUUGUGAAUGUUGAAGAUGACGGUGAAGAUGAUGGAGGUGAUGAACAGCAGGAGGAGAUCAGAGAUGCUGGGAUAAAUUGGGAUGGCGUGAGUGAAGGAAACGACAGAAAUGAAGUGAAUCCAGAGGAUGAGCUGCAGGACCUGCAAUACUUUCCCAACUUCUACAGACUGCUCAAGAGCCUGGACUCAGAGAAAGACGCAGAGGAAAGAGAGACCCUGAUCACCAUCAUGAAGACUCUCAUCGACUUCGUGAAGAUGAUGGUUAAAUAUGGCACCAUCACACCUGAGGAGGGCGUGUCCUACCUGGAGAAUCUGGACACCAUGAUUGCUGUGCAGACCAAGAACAAGCUCGGAAAAGCACUGGGUCCCAUCAGCACCACGCCCCCUACAGAUGAUGAAGACAACACCAAGGAGGAAGCUGCUAAAAUGCAGAGGGAAUAUGAGAGCCUGAGGGACUCAACCAAGGACGAGCAGACCGCUGGGCAGAGCAACCACGGCGGGAAGUCUGAGACGUACCUGGAGGCCAUCAGGAAGAACAUCGAGUGGCUCAAAAACCACAACAAGGAGGAAAACAAAGAAGAUUACGACCUGUCCAAGAUGAAGGACUUCAUGGACCAGCAGGUGGAUUCCUACAUCGAGAAGGGGAUCCUGAAGAAGGACGAGGGCGACGUCAUCAAGCGGAUCUACGGGAGCAUGUAGGCGGCGCCUCACGGCGGCGAUCCGCUGAACGGCGUCUCGGCUCGAACGCGUAACGGCGAACGUACUGACGUAUUAAUCACACAUCCACACGGUAGCGCUGCGAAAUUAACCAAACGUAUUAACGCAUCAGGAGGCAAAACACGCCGACCGGAGGAGACGAGUUAGCAAUAGAUUAGGCCUAUGAUACGCGUACGAUACAAUAAUCCCACCUGUACGAUAGUGAUGUUUCUUAAUCCUCACACUUAUCAAGAAAUGAUUUUAUUUUAAUCAGCGUAAACGCUGUGGCCUCCGCCUAAACCUUUUCUUUACCUUUAAUUCACGUCCGUUCAGCUUCUGUUGCAGUAUGUUUGUGUUUAGCCGCGUAAUCUGUACAGGUGUCGUAUCUCCUGAGACUCAAAACAUUCACACAUUCAUUCACUGUCUGUUUAACUACCUGUUCAUCCUGGUCAGGGUCACAGUGCACACACACACACACUCAUACAUAUGGGGGACUUUAAGUAGCUCCAGUUAUCCUGACUGAAUGUCUUUGGACUGUGGGAGGAAACCGGAGCACCCGGAGGAAACCCACACAGACACGGGGAGAACACGCCAACUCCACACAGAAAGGACCCGGACCGCCCCACCUGGGAAUCGAACCCAGGACCUUCUUGCUGAGGCGACAGUGCUACCCACCGGUCAUGUCCAGGCUCUUCCCGUCAGCGGUGCCACUCCCACUCCUGAUCGAGUGCCAGGCGCCUCCACCGGUCAGCAGAGGGCGCACUUUCCCCAGAGACGAGGAACUCAGCCGUCGUCCCUCCCACUACAGACACAGCCCAUCACGGGUCUGAUAGCACGGCUCUGAUUCGAACCCGAAUGCUCGAGGUCUCAGCACCCACGCAGAAAGCUUUAAGGAUGCGGCGUACACACGCUGUUUUAAAUUACUGCUAGCUUAAUGCUAAAGUUGCGACAUUAAUCCUGUGGAGGGGAAUUAGCAUUAUCGUAGCCGCAUUGAGGUGCUAACAUUAUCAUAUAUUAUAUAAUAAAGCAUCAUAUGUUCAGCUCAUCCUCUAAAUUAAAGCAGAAUAAAUAAACACACGUGCAUUUUCUAGUCCAGGAGAAAUACGAUACACUGUUAGCAUCACUAGCGUUGAUUUGAAUAUUAGCUUUAUUAAAAACACUGGAUUUUUAUGGUUCCGUUCGUGUUUCUUCUUGAUUUUCUCUCUCGGCUUGUAGAACUCGUGAUCUGUGAACAGCUCUCGUCCAAUAGAAUAUUUUUAAAUGUAAAUACUGCGAUUCCUUUUUCCAGAAUGCGAUUAAACGUUGCAGUUCUGUAA